CUAUCCUAGUUGAAGAAGAGGAUAACAUGAGGUGAGAAAAGAGCGAAUAAAUCAUGGUAACUGACUAUAUUAUCCAAAGUGAACAACUAUUUAUUCUGUGAUUCUUUUAACAUGCAUUCAACAAACUCAGUUUUCAACCACAUUCCUUAAAGAACUUAAGAGGUGUAUCUUGACCCAUACAGAGUAUAAUAACACUUUUGGACUUAAAGUCUCAUAAUUUUGCAACUAGAUGUCUCAGUCGAGCAAUCCUCCAGACAGUCAGGCCUUAUUGCAGUCCAUGCUGGAGAGACUGAAACUCCAGCCUGGAAGAGAAAGGCAUGCAUGCGAGCAUACAGGUGAAAAGCUCCCCCAUGCCUCCACAUUAGGGACGGAUGGAGUGGGAACAGUCCUGAACCUGAAAAAGGAAGAAGUUGAUCUUACCAAUGGUUACGUGUUUAGCCUUCCUGGAAAAAGAUUUGGGGUAUCUUCCGUGGAUACUAGUUUGACCUCCAAAUAUGGAGAAGGACUUCAGCCAGUUCAUGACUUAGAACAGUACAGGGGUCACUUUUUCUUCCCACCCCAGAGAGACAGGAGCCAGAUGGACGGAGACACGGUGUUGGAGAAUGUCACGUUGCCUCCGAUGUCCAACGCUUCAACAGGGCAACAGUUUUUGGCAAAAACCUUCCCUUCCUUUGGGAAAACUGAUACUGGGGAACAACAGGACAACAUAUCUGGAUAUAAAGACCAGGACAAUAAUGGGUUUCAAAACAAUGUUCACGACUGGUCAUGGGGGAGUACAGAUUUUGCUGCGGGAAGUCAAAGGAACAAAUCCUUUCACACGGAAAAUGGAGGAUUUGGAGAUUUGUCCAAAUCGAAAAACAUGCAAAUGAUACCCCAUAAAGGCAUCAGCAGCAUGACCAAGAGAAAACAGCGAUCAUCUGAAAACCAAGCAAGGAGAUGGACUCAGAAACUCAAGGAAAGGUGGAUGGAAAGGGCAGGUAAAAAAGGAAAAGAUGAGCCCAAGGAAGGUGGGAUGAACAAGACUUCAGCACAAAGCCAUUUCUUGAACACAUCCCAUCAAGAUGCAAAAUUGACCCUCCCCUCACUGGAUAGUUGUGAAAAUGCUACUGAACAAUCAGAGGAUGACACGAUUGACGCAUUUAUAAGAUCAAGCGACAACUUUCAGUUUGGCUUCAGCUCCGUCAGCUUGCUGGAGGAGAUUGUGUCGGGUCAAGAGUGGGCCAAGUUUCUGAGCCCUUCCUGUUCAGGCUCCCCAAUCAACCAGGAAACACAAGAGAAGAAAUUGAGCAGUCUGAGUGUCACACCAAAUCGUAAUGGUCCAUCCACCUUUCGCGUGUACCAAUCAGGAGGUGUGAACAGGGAGUGGAGCUUCAGGGGUCGCGAAUCAUUCCCAAUUUAUAAUGUUCCCAUUAGCGUGAACCUUCCAGAAGUGCCUACACAGAACAACACAGUAUACAGUGAUGCUGAUCAAUCAGAGCCAAUGGAACAAGGACAAAUUCAAUCACAUGUGCAAUUGAAGGAGAGGGCACUUGUCCAACCAAGAAUUUCCCAUGUGGAGCGAGCAGACAUUCUGGAUGACUCACCUCCAACCACCAGAGUCAACAGGAAGAGACAACAUCACACAGCGGAGAUGUCUCAAAUGGACUGGUCGCAAGAGGGGCAGGGAGUUUCAGAAGAGUUGCGAAACAGCCACAUGAUGGACAACGCAGACGAACAAAACAAAACACCCUUUUCUAGUCCAAAUGGAUCUUCAACACUGUCUGUUCCCUCAAAUCUUUUUCCUUGUUGUCCUGUGCCAAAGGGUGUCCUCAGGCACUCCACAUACCAGAAUGCAGAUUUGUCACGGGAAAGCAAAAGGAGACGAGUGGAGCCCAAUCGGAGAGUUCAUUUUGCAGAGACAGUUCAGGAGAUACCACCUGUUUUAGUGGAUCAGGAUAUUUGGGACUCAGAGGAGGAACAUGGGACAGAACUGGGUUCUGAAUUGGAGGAUGAGAAGGAGAAGCCGUGCAUGACAGCAGAGGAAGAGAAAGAAGUGUCAGCGCGCCGACCUGGUCUUCCUGCCUGGAUAAGGGCACUGAAGAGGAAGAACACAGGAAGGAAGCACUGAUUGUGAUAAUGCCAGUGAAAUCUGUCUUUUACACACUUGUUUCCCCACACUUUAAUGUAAUUAUCUAUGAGAUCCAAUGCAAAAACUUCUGCCUUUACAAAGAUGCACAAUUGUGAUAAACAUAUUCGCUGCACAUUAAGUUUACUAUUGUGGUUGUUUGCUAUGGUGUAGAAUUGCAGUGCAUUAUAUUGAGAGAUGUUUUGAGUACAGUAUUUCGGUUACCUCGUGUAGUUACCUAUCAGAAACCAGGAAAUAAAUAGAGCUGUUGAUGUGAUGCAGUGUAAUUCAAUACCACUGCAAAAAAACAAACAAACAAAAAAAACAUUUGCCUAAUUAAACCUGUUGUUAAAUUAAUGCCUCUCACCUGUCAAUCAAAACUGGAUAUGAUUGGCUUUGUUUUGGCAGUUUUGUUUUUUGUUAACAAAGCUCUUUGUUUCGUAUCAUGACAUUGUGCAAGUGGACAUAAUGUUUUAAUUGGUUGACGGAUAACAGGGAUUCACCGGUGGUGACACAGUCUCGCAAUUCAGUUUUUUUAUCUUUACAAAGAUGAUGCUCUGUUUUGAUCGAUACAGUCAGUAUUACCUAACAAUAUAUAAUUGUGGUUGUUUGCAGUGAUGUAGAACUACACAAGGGGGCAAAAACAUCGUUAACACACCUCAAGGGUGAAUCUUAGAUCAGAGAUUCUCAACCUUUAUUGAGCCAAGGCACAUAUCUUAAGUUUGAAAAAUCUCACGACACAACAACAAACAAAAAUGUUACAAAAAGUGCACACACAAGUCAAUUAUACACUUUCUGCUGUGUAAUAGAAGAACCUUUAUUUGUUCUGUCUGUCUUUAUAUGCCAUUACUAUCGAAUGAUGGACAAAGAUACAUUAUUUGUUGUCCAUCCAUCCAUUUUCUGAGCAGCUUAUCCUUACAAG